AUGGUAGCCAUAGUACCUAAUGGUGAAGCGUACCCUACUACGAAAAGGUGCGGCGGCUGUGGCAAUUGGGAUCAUCCCGAUUCCGUUUCCGUACCCCCUACAACCGACGCAAAUCAGAGUUAUGGAUUCCCAAUCCGAUAUGCAGAAGAACCAAAAAACAGGACUACCCCCUAUGAAACUUUACCUUAUGGAUAUGGAUGA